UCCCGCCCGCACUUGCCGAUUUUUUUCUGUCAGUGAGCUGUUUUCGUAAAAUAUCAAUAUUUACGAUUUUAUUGCUUUUCCUUUGAGAAUUUGGAUAUUUUAUGUGUUCUUACCAUGGAUACUUGUGCGAUAUGCCAUAAGCCAGUUGUUCAACUAUUUGAAACUGGGAAGAAAGGUGUGUUUGCCUGCUUCAAAUGUCAGCCAAUAUCUUUAGUCCCGGAGAUAACCCUCGGUCAAGAUAGCUCUCACGAAGUCAUCAUAGAUUCUUCUGAAGUCCCCAAUGAUGAUGACAGUCCCGAACUUAUUCAAGACAGCUCAACCCUCCAUAUUGGACAAGACAUCUCACUCACUUCAUCUGGCAGCCAAGAGGAGAAUGAUGGUCGGGAGCUGUUCUGCAACAUCUGCAACAAGACGUUCCAGAAGCAGAUGCAGCUGGUGAAUCACAUGCGCAACCACCGCGCCGAGCGCCGCUUCGUGUGCACUUACUGCAAUAAAGCCUUCUCCCAGUCCAACAACCUGCGCGCGCACUUGCGCAUCCACACCAACGAGCGCCCCUACAAGUGCACUGUGUGCGAUAAAGCUUUCACGCAGGUGACCAAUCUGAACAACCACAUGCGUCUCCACACUGGCGAGAGACCGUUCGCGUGCCCCGAGCCUGGUUGUGACAAGGCGUACGCUCAGGUGACAAAUCUAAACCAGCACAUGAAGCGGCACCAGUCGGGGCGCCCCAUCGAGCACUACGUGUGCACCGUGUGCGGCGAGCAGUUCCAGCAGCGGAACCACAUGUACAUGCACAGACGCGAAGUCCACUCAGACAACUCCAAGUCGAUGUUCAAGGCGCGCCACGAGUGCAAGACGUGCAACAUGGUGCUGCCCACCGCGCAACGCCUCAUGCAACACGCCGCGCAACACGCCAAGCGGGAUCACCAGACGCCCUCAUCCGAGUCAACCCCAACCACAUACAAAUGCGUGUUCUCGUCAUGCGGACUAAUUCUGGCGUCUCCUCGGGAGCACACGGAGCACCUGCUUCGCGCACACCAACUGCGCGUGCUGACCGCCGAGCCCGCGCCGCCCGCCCAGAGACGGGGCCGCCCGCCCAAGAUUUUGAAAACGGACCCCCUGGACCCGAAGGAGAAUAUCACUUAUGAAAUGCAGGUAAACCAAUUGAAAGAGCAAUCUCAAUUCCUGCCCAAGUUAAAAGUGCAAAGUUUAUUCUAGUGAGUAAUUAUUGCUUAUUUAUAGUAUGUAUAAACUCAUAACGUAACACUUACUCAGUGUUGGUUAAGUUGGCAUAGUGCAUGUGUUCUGACCAAGUUAUUAGGUUUUGUCUAGCAAGAGAAUGCAAUAUUAGCAAGAAUACUGCAGUUCGCUGAUUGGGUUUUGAACGUGGUUUUGUGAGGUUCAUUAUAUUUUGAAGGGAAACAAGAUAGCAGAUCUAUUUCAGACGGAAAAAACUCCUUUUCGUUCAAACUAUCACUGUGGAAUUUACUUAAAUAUUGUGUAUGCAAUAUACUAUAAUGGCGCUUAUACAGGCGUUUAUAAGUGUGAUAUCCGUAAUUAAUUAACCAUCAAUAUGGCUUGAUUUUCAAGCACAAAAACUCUGAAAACAACGUUUUUUUUCUCACUGGUGAUGGCGAUAUAAUACAAUGAAUUAGAUUACAAAACACAGGAUGUUGACUGCUUAUUUUUGUACGAAUACGUUUAUGAAUUAAAAUAUUAUUGUAUAUUUUACGGUUUACAUAGUUUAUUCUCAAUACAGAAGUAAAAGUAAGGUUUUUAUUUAGUAUACCUAUAUUGUACAAUAUUAGCUAAGGUAGAUAAUAAAAAAAUACUAUAUCGUUUGGUAAGUGCAAUUUAUCAUAAAUUUUAUACUAGAUAAGUUAAUAAUAGCUUAAACUGUAAUUUACUAAAAGCGCAAAGCAUUGGUAUGUAUAUUCAAUACAUACAGUAUGCUGCAAAAAUGCGAAUACGAUUUGUUAAAAGUGAAGGGUUACCUUGUUUCCUACGACAGAUAAAAUAAAAAAUAUCCUCUUUGCAACAUCCUGUAUGUACUUGUAUGUUUUAUGGCGGUUAGGUUUUAUUUAUCUCGGCUUUUUUUAAAUGUUUGCUUAUAUUAAGUAAUGUGAUCUAAUAUACUAGAGAUAUUUCGUUUAUUUUACAUUGCUAAGUAAGUGGUGGUGUAAAUUGUAGUUUAAAAAUUGAAUUUGAUUGAAUU